AUGCACGUCUUUUUCUCCGUCCUGCACUGCAGCCUGAAGAAGCAAACCACAGCUCCAUCCGACUCACCUACCGGCCUGGACGCGUCAUCUGAGUACGGCGACGAUACCACUUCAAUGGCUGAUGGUUCCACUGAUGACAGCUCGGAUCUCACCCCCUCCUUUACCAAUAAGAUGUCGUCUGGGGGAGGAUUCAUGGGAGGCUUGGGAACAGGCUCGAGAGCUGGCUCGGGAGCAGGAUUUGGAGCAGGUUCGGGAGCAGGUUCGGGAGCAGGAUUCGGGGCAGUGGAUGAAGGUCUGGAUGCCGAGGAUGGGGACGGGGAGACGGGUCUACAGUCGGGAUUCCCAAGGUCCUCUGGCACCACUGGCGCUGGUCGGAUGGGGGGUCUGAACUCAGGGGAAUCUUCCAGAACUUCCGCCUGGGGCAACAGGGGCGGGUUGGGAGCAGAUGGAGGGGAGGAUGAGGAUGACAUGAUGGGAACUGGUGGGAGUGGUGGGUCGCGGAAUGGAUUUGCCACCAGCAGUAGCAGCAGCAGCAGAGACGGUAUGUGGGGAGGUAGCAGCAGUGGUGGUGCUGCAGGGGGAGGUAGACUUGAUGGAGGUGGUUCUGGGGCAGGCGGAAGCAGGUGGGGAGGGGGAGGCGCGGCCACGUGGGGAGGGAGAGGUGGGAUGAUGGGUAUGUCAGGGGAGGAUGAGGAGGAGGAUGGAGACAGCCGCGCUGGUGGCGGUGGGCUUGGGAUUUCCAGCAGUCGUGUGCCUAAAACGGGUUCUAGAUCAUGGGGAAUGGACGGUGAGGAUGAUAUGGAGACUGGUGGUGGUGGGAAUAGGGGCGGGUUGGGAUCCCGAAGUGGGACGGGUGGGUUUGGUAGAGGGGGAAGGGGUGGGGGGAGGGUGAGAGGAGGUGAGGAGGAAGAGGAAGGGGAGGAGGAAGAAGAGGAGGAAGCGGGAGGGGAGGAGGAGGAAGAGGAAGAAGAGGAAGAGAGCGAGGAGGGAGAGGAGGGGGAUGAGGAGGAGGAGGAGGAAAGCGAUCGGGGACGGGGCAGAGGGAGGGCUAAGCGGAAGAAGGGAGGGCGGCGGGACAAAGGUGCUGCGGCAGAUGAAGAUGAGGAAGAUGAGGAGGAGGAGGAAGGAGAAGGAGAGGGAGGAGACGAGGAGGAGGAGGAAGAUGAGGAGGAGGAGGUAUCCAGCAGCAAGAAGGGGAGGAAGGGCCGUGGCGUGGAAUUGGCUCAACUGGACGACGAGGAGGAGGAAGAGGAAGACGGCAUGUCGACCCACCGCCUGCGCAACGUGGCAUUCCUGCGCAUCCCAGGGACGCCCUCGGCUCAAAUGGACGAGGAGGAGGAGGAAGAAGACGGCAUGUCGACCCACCGGCUGCGCAACGUGGCGUUCCUUCGCAUCCUCGGGACGCCCGUGACAAGGCAGCGCGUGCUGGACUCAAAUCCUCCCCUCUCCACUCUUCUCCUGUGUUUGCAAAUUGCAGGCGUGGAGUCGGCUCAAAUGGACGAGGAGGAGGAGGAAGACGAAGGCAUGUCGACCCACCGGCUGCGCAACGUGGCAUUCCUGCGCAUCCCCGGGACCCCCGUCACGGGGCAGCGCGUCCUGGACUUUGAGCGCCAGCUGGCGUGUGUGUCGCGCGACGGGCUGUGGGCGGUGAACUCGACGCCAAGGUGGAUGCCGUGGGACCUCAACCCGCUGACUGUUGCUCGCCAGCCCAACUACCGCUCCUGCGACCUGCUCUUUGCCAAGAGGAAGGGCGGUGUGUUUGGGGCAGCAGCGGAGCGGGCACGGAGGUUGCCCAACGCAAGAGCAGCAUGGCGGGUGCGGCGGGAGCUGCUGUACCAGUGGCGCCCCGCCAGCCCCCUCCGUUGCCCCUUCCAGCAGUUCGACCGCGCGGGGUUCUGCCGUGCUUUGAGGGGGCGCAACGUGGUGGUGGUGGGGGAUGCGUUUAGUCUCGACUGGCACGACGCGCUGGUCAACCACCUUGUCACUGCGGGGACUAAGAACAGGGCAGGGCAGCUGGGCGAUGCCUGGGCCAACGUCACAGAAGGGGCCUGCUUUGAAAGGGGACACCGCCUCUGCACCGACGUCCCACUCAUUCCCCCCUCCACCCCCACCGCUGCUGCUGCUGCUGCUGCUUCUGCUGACUCCUCAACUCUUGAUGACCCAGACUCUGAUCCCGCCACUGCUAGUGCUACUGGUGUCGGUGGCUUCACUGCUGGUGGUUCGGCUGCUGCUGCUGCUGCCGCUGCUGGUGCUGGCGGUGGUGGUGGUGGAAUGGGUGUUGGGGUUUCUGGUCGUCGUUCUCGCUUUGGGGCUGCUGCUGAUGCAUCUGAGGAGGACACAGGGGGAGAGGAUGGGCAGGACAGGGGUGAAGAGGAGGGUGCAAGGGGGAGGCAGGCGAGUGGCGACGCGGGUGUGGGUGGACUCAGAAGUGGGUUUCAGAGGAAGGGCUGGGGACGAGGCAGAGGGCUGGCUGGGAGAGUGAGGUCUGGCGACUGGGAGGCGGACAAGAGGAGUGGGGAGGCUGGCGGACUGGGAAGCAGAGAAAGGAGUGAAAGUGGGGAGGGCGAAGAAGCAGAGCCAACGGGGUUUACUAGAGUGGAGGAGGAAGGGGAGGAAGGGGGAGUGGGAAGUGGGGGUGGCCGAGCAGCGAGGGCCGGGAGGAAGAGGAGGGCAGUCGGUAGGCAGGGGGUUGGCGGAGAUGUGCUAAACCAAGGGCUUAGCAAAGAGGGCAGUGGUGCGAGUCAGCCCCUUAACAGCAAGGAGGGAGGGGGUGGUGUGGUGGUGAGGAGGAGGAGGAUGGCGGGGUUCAAUCUGCGGGUAGUGCUGAACGCCUUUGCAGCACCGGACACGGGGCGGCCCACGCGGCUCAACAACCGCUGGCUCAAGCGCCUCAAGAAGUGGAAAACCAACAUCCUGGUGCUCUCCCGCACCCCGGCCUUUGAGGAGCUGAUGCUGCAGGAGGUGCAAGACACCCUCGAAGCCUGCGGUGGGCGGCCAUCCCAGCUGCCAGCACUUCACCCGCCCAUACCACUUAGUCCCUUUCUCCCUUGCCCAUACGCUUCCCCUCCUCCUUCAGAGGAGCUGAUGCUGCAGGAGGUGCGAGAUAUCCUAGAAGCAGUGAGGGACCUGUACCCGGACAUGCUUGUCAUCUCAUGGCCUGUCACCCUUGCCUUGCCCCUAUCUCCCCAUGCAAUGCAAACAGAGGAGCUGAUGCUACAGGAAGUGCGAGAUACCCUCGAGGCAGUGAGGGACCUGUAUCCGGACAUGCUUGUCAUCUGGCGCAGCGCGGUGGGCGGCCAUCCCAGCUGUCAGCACUUCACACGCCCGCUCAGGACCCGCCCCGCCCUGCUGGCCGCCAAGGGGAAGAUUCCCGACGCGUGGCUCCGGCAUGCCGAGAUGAACGCUGCCAUCAGACCGCUGCUCAAGGAGUACGGGGCAGUGUACAUGGACGUGGAUUCGCCCACCUCCCUUCGCCCCGACGGGCAUCACGAGCGCAUGGACGGCAGCAUCAACUGCCACCACUACUGCAUGCCCGGCCCGCUCGACCACUGGGUGUCUCUCUUCCACAACCUGCUGCUGCUGCUCGACCAACACUCCCCCCUGACCGCCCUCCCUGCUGCUGCUGCUGCUUCUGCUGCUGCUUCUGCUGGUGCUGCUGGUGCUGCUGGUGGUGUUGGUGGUGGUGGCGGUGCUGCUGGUGUUGGUGGUGGCGACGGUUUGUCUAGUUCUGGUUUCGGUGGUGCUGCCGGUGCUUCUGGGUCUAGUGCUGCUGCUGCUGGUGGGGUGCCAGCGGUGAAGGUGAGUGGGGUGGUGGGGGAGGGGGGAGUGGUGGUGGAAGAGGAGGAUCUCUCUGACGUACCCAGAGGAGGGAGGUGGCGCAGCAAGGGGGACAUAGAGGAGGAGGAGAGGGGGAGGGAGGAUGGAGGAGGAGGUAUGGUGGGGGUAGGCGGUUCGGAAGGGUUUGAGGGAGCAGGGAUUGUGGGAGGGGGGAUGGGAGUGGGAGGAGGGUUGGGUGAGGGGCAAGUGGAAGGGAGUGGUGGAGAUGGGCGUGGAGGGCCAACUUGUUACGAUGCACCCUUCACGUCCCCCUCACACCCCCCUCUUCUCCCCACUUCACCCCUCUUACCUCCACGUCACUCCUCUUCACCCCUCUUCCCUCCCUUUCCUCCACCCUCUCCAGCCUGCACCAACUUCUCGGCGUGCAUCCCAGGGACGCGCAUUCGGGGCGAAGCAGCAGUGGCGGAGGCGCAGCAGGAGGUGGCGUGUGUGGCGGAGGAUGGCAAGUGGGUGCGCUUCAACACGCCCCGCUGGCUGCCCUGGUCCCGCGACCCCCACACCAACCCACGCGCACCACAUUAUGGCACUUGUGAUCUCAUGCAUGUGAACGAGACCGGUGGCAAGGGCAUGUACGGGUAUGCAGCGGACAAGUUUCGGAAGAAUCCGGGCGAUCGGGAGUGGCACGUGCGGGCGGCGCUCAAGUACCAGUGGAAGGCCAGCCGCUUCUGCCCGCCCUUCAUGGGGUUCAACCGGCACAAGUUCUGUGCGGCGGUGGGGCGGCGUAAUGUUCUGUUUGUGGGGGAUACGACUCAGCUGGCGCUGCACGACGUGUUUCUCAACCAUGUCACCACCAUCGCCACUCAGAAGGAGAUUGGGGAUAUCGCCGACGCCUGGACGGCGCCCAACAACCAGCCGGCUUGUGCCACCAACAACCCCCACGUGGUGUGCUCCGACAUCGUCCCAGGGGGCUUCACCUUCCGUGUCGCCCACAACAACCUGCUCACGCCGGAUACGCCGGGAGGAGGGGCGUUCAACCAGCGGUGGCUGGGGCACCUGCGCAAAUGGAACGUGUCAAUUGUGGUUCUCAACAAGGGCUUUGAGCACCGCCCCACCCCGGUGUAUCUCAAGACGCUUCGUCAGACGCUCACAAAAUUCCGCCAGGUGGCACCUGACACGCUGCUGAUUUGGCGAUCCACGUGGCGCGGCCAUGAGGGCUGUGAGAAUGCCACGGAGCCGCUGGCAGCGCCACCCGAUAAUGCCACCCGGGCUGGUCCAUGGGCAUUUGUACUGGAGCAGAAUGAGGCAGUGCGGGAUUUGAUUCGGGAAUUUGGUGGUGUGUUCAUGAAUCUGGAUUUUUCCUUGUCGAUGCGACCGGAUGGGCACCUACGACAACUGAAUGGGCUCACAGAUUGCUACUACUACUGCUUGCCUGGUCCUGUUGACCAUUUCAUGCGGCUUCUUUACAACUACCUCCUCAUCCUCGAUAGCAAAGGGCCAAUUUCAUCGGCUCAAGGAGGGUCUAAAACAUAG